AUGUCAUCGGAACAACAUUUGUCACCAGUACUCGUAGGACAACAUUUUCAAACCGACGAUAAUAACAUAGAGGUUAACCGCGAUGAAGAACAAAUUGUUGAUAAUUCGAAUGAUAUACCAUUAUAUGAACAUUCAAAUCUAACGAAAAAACAGGCAUUAAAAAAAAUAACUGAUUUUGUUUUGAAAACCGAUAUGAAGCCAAAAAUACUCAAACAUGCUUUAUGUUUGAUGAGAACAUUAUUACCUGAACAGAAUCAGUUACCAUCUACACUAGAUGAAUUGUUUCGUUCUAUGAUGUCGUCUGAAAAUGAUUGGCAUCUGUCACGUUAUUUGAGAAAACACAAAUACAGAGAUGUUAGUUUAACUAAUUCUAUAUCAUCAUCAUCCUCAUCAUCCUCAUCAUCCUCGAGUGAUUCAACAACGAGAUCAACUCUACCCUCACCCAUAUUACGACGACGUCCAAAUAUUCAAAGCGAUGAUUCAACUGAUGAACCUAUGUCUCCUCCGCAAUCAAUGAUACAAGCAAGACGAUUUAUAAAUUCACAACGUGAUAGAAUGAACGAUACUCAUACUACAGCAGGACUCGAUGGUAUAAUCAAUGGACAAACGUUUCACAAUCGACGAUUAACAAAUGUUUCACCUACAAAUCUUGUUAUUGGUGACAAUCACACCAACGAUGAUAGUGAUUAUCGUGCCAAAUCUCCCGAGUUGAUCAGAAGAAAACGACGACGAAGUGACGAAAUUAACGGUUUUGAUAUGUUGCAAUUAUCUACAAAUAUCAACGAGAUCUUUGAAUUAAAUCAGAAUACGGAAAAUCUAUCAUUACGCUUUACACCAUAUACAAGUGCAUUUGAUACCGGUUUUUGGCAUGAAUUGACGCGAAGAAAAUUAGACAUAUUUCGUCUUGAUUCAUCUGAAAAAAAUAUAUAUGGUUAUUAUAAAAAUGAAACAAAUGAUGGCUUACCUCCAUUGUUCAAUGUUGAUCAUCAAUGUUUUGAUGAUCCACCAUUAAACAAUCGCCAGUUUAAUGUCAAUGGAACAUUGAAACUAGUUAAUACAAUAGAAGAAUUUAAAACAUUUGAUAUUGAUUCUAUAAUUAAAUCUGAAGGAAAUCUUCUUUUACAUGAUAUUACUCAUGGUAAAGCACUGAAUGAACCACAAAAAAUGAAUCGAUUCUAUUUACUUGUUUAUGCUGAUUUAAAAAAGUACGUUUAUUAUUAUUGGUUUGCAUUUCCAGCAUUUCUCAUUCCAAAAUCGUACAACCUAAUUCAAAAUAUUCAACAAUUAUCUGAUCGUUUUUCGAAUUCUGAGAUUUUAUCAAUUGCCAAAUGUCUUAAAGAAAAUAUUGUUAGUGCCUGUAGUUUGAUCUAUUCAUCUUCGUCAUGGUCGUAUUUAAGUUUAAAAGAUGGAAUCGACUAUAUCAUUCAUCAUCCACAAAACACGUCAGAAAUUUAUUUUGUUGUCAAUGAUCCAUCAUCACAUCCAAAUCAUCCAGGAUGGCCAGUGAGAAAUAUAUUAACAUUAUUAUAUUAUCACAUUUCUCAUUGUAACACAUUGAACGUUAUUUGUUGGCGAGAAAAAUAUCGUGAUGGAGCUCAUAUUAUUCAUCAUUCGUUAUUAUUACAAUUGCGACCCGAAUCAAUUGCUCAGUCAUUGAAUAAUGAAUUGCCAAAUAUGACUGGAUGGGAGAAAAAUGAACGUCAGAGAUUAGGUCCUAGACAAGUUGAUUUAAGUACAUCGAUGAAUCCUAGACAUUUAGCUGAAACAGCUGUUACAUUAAAUUUAAAAUUAAUGAAAUGGCGGUUGGCUCCCGAAUUGGAAUUGAAACCAUUGGAACAAUUAAAAUGUUUAUUAUUAGGUGCUGGUACACUUGGUUGCAAUGUUGCACGAAGUUUAAUGGCUUGGGGUAUUCAACAUAUAACAUUUGUUGAUAAUGGUCGUGUAUCCUAUUCAAAUCCUGUACGACAAACAUUAUUUACAUUCCAAGAUUCAUGUGAGAAUAAAUAUAAAGCUCAUGCAGCCGCUGAUUCAUUAAAAACAAUUUAUCCUGGCGUUAAAUCAAGUGCAAUUGUAUUAAAUAUUCCAAUGCCUGGUCAUUCUGUGCCAGAUUCAAUUGUUGAUAAAGUCAAAGCUGAAGUUGAACAAUUAGAAAGUUUAAUAUUUGAACAUGAUGUUGUAUUUUUAUUGACUGAUUCCAGAGAGUCAAGAUGGUUACCCACGCUUAUUGCUAGUGCCGAGGAAAAAAUAACUAUUACAGCCGCAUUGGGUUUCGACUCUUAUGUAAUAAUUCGACAUGGUGUUCGGUCAUCACUUUCAACAGUAGCGGACAUCAUUGACAAUGAUAAAACAAUAUUAGCUGGAGAAAAACUGGGCUGUUAUUUUUGUAACGACGUUGUUGCACCUGGUAAUAGUUCCAUUGAUCGAACAUUAGAUCAACAGUGUACAGUGACAAGACCGGGUAUAUCAAUGAUAGCGAGUGCCAUGGCUGUUGAAUUACUUGUAUCAAUCAUCCAACAUCCUUUACGUAAAAACGAUGAAAAUGAAUUGCAAGCUCAAACUUGUCUGGGUAUUGUACCACAUACGAUACGCGGAUUUUUAGGACGUUAUUCUACAAUAUUACCCAGUGGUGAAGGUUUUAGUCAGUGUGUUGCCUGUUCAUCAAAGGUAAUUCAUGCAUACAAAGAAGGACGUUUCAAUUUUUUAAUGAAAGUAUUCAAUGAGGUCAAUUAUUUAGAAGAUUUAACUGGGUUACGUGAAAUGCAAUUAUCUACAAAUAUCGAUGAGAUCAUUGAAUUAAGUGAUGAUGAAAGCAUUUAA